CCGCGGCGGGGAAGACUCCAGCCGCCAGGGGGAGCGCGCGCCGUUCUUGCCUCUCUGGCCUGCGCCUCCUGAGCCGAGUAGAUAUCCCAGAGUUCCGCGCCGCGCCAGCCUUUCCGCCACGGCCGCCUCUGGAGAGCAGUAGCCAUGGCUCUACGCUACCCUAUGGCCGUGGGCCUCAACAAGGGCCACAAGGUGACCAAGAACGUGAGCAAGCCUAGGCACAGCCGCCGCCGCGGGCGUCUGACGAAACACACCAAGUUCGUGCGGGACAUGAUUCGGGAGGUGUGUGGCUUUGCCCCGUACGAGCGGCGCGCCAUGGAGUUACUCAAGGUCUCCAAGGACAAACGGGCCCUCAAGUUUAUCAAGAAAAGGGUGGGGACGCACAUCCGCGCCAAGAGGAAGCGGGAGGAGCUGAGCAACGUAUUAGCCGCUAUGAGGAAAGCUGCUGCCAAGAAAGACUGAGCCCCUUCCCCUGGCUUCUCCCUGAAAUAAAGAACAGCUUGACACAA